UUAUAAUAGGUCUAUACCGUCAGCUCAUCACCAGAUUCGCCACCCACAAGGCUGCCCUUCCCCUGGGGCAUGGCAGUAGACAUCCUUGGGAUGGACGGAAACCUUUAUCCGCCUCAUUUUGGGGCUUUGCAGGGUGGGUUUGGGCCUUUCAACCCCGGCUAUAAUGUUGUGGACCCUUACGCGAGACAGACGCAAAUGCACCUCCAGCGGGGUCCACCUCUCCAUGCGCGACAGUCUCACGGUUACUAUUUUGCUGGCCAUGGACGGUCGCAAAGUGCUUUCAAGUCCCACAACCCUCAAGCCCCGGCCAAGCGGAAGUUCGAUACCUUCGCUGCGCCUCAGGCCCAACAGCAGCCUGUGUUGCAUCAACUACGUCAGGACAACGCAAGGCAGGCCCGGCGUCAUUUCCAAGGGCCGCAAGGAGUAUCAAGUUCUCCGGGAUGUACGCCACGGACUGCACCAAGGGCGCCCGAUAACCGGCAUGGCUUCUUGCUGUCAGCACCAGGUUCGAGUCGCAAGGCGCAGGAAAACCAGGGAGCGCUCCACGCUAUCACUCCAAGUGCGGUGCCGGGGAGCGGAGAGCAGUUGUGGAAGAACAGCUACGGCAACGCAGACAAGGAGGCUGUCCAACUUGCAGCAGCAGCCGGUCUUGAUUUUCUGGGGUCCUUCUACGACAACGCUUGCGGAGGGGAUGACGAUCUCGACUUGCCAGGCGCUGAUUCUUCACCAGAGGUGGAUAUCUCUGUGCAGGAGGCAGAAGCGCCGCCGCACACGGUCGACGAGGAAGCUAACUACCCGCCGCAGGCUAAGCGGAAGCUGGCCUCCCAGGCGGCAUACAUUGCUCAACUUGAGGAGCAGCAGCUGACACUUCGUGAGCGGAUCUUCCUUCUCGAGCAGCAGUUGUCCGAGGCGCGGCGACAGCAGCGAGGGGCGUCACCUUCAGGGCACAGCGUGGACGCCUAUGGUGGUAGCGACGACGACCGUGCAACGUCAUCGUCUGGCUAAAGACGUGAUAUAGCAUUGAGAGCGGGUGUAACAGGAGGGAUAUAUACCGUACGAACAGGAUUAUGGUCUUUCUUUGGUUAAUCAUUUUAGGACUUGGUGAUGUUGAUGCCGGAUAUAGCCUUCCUUCCUCGCAUGCGGGUCCAUGCUCCAAGUCUGCCCUGUAUUCCACUAUUGCCCUGCACCGCUGGUUUGCUUUUGCAGCAAUCUAAUGUGCCGGCGCUGCUCGCACGAGCCCCAAGCGCCAGAGCAUGCUCUGGUUGUGUGGUGGUGGAGCAUACCGCGCGCCAACGCGGCCAUGCGGCAAAGGUAAGCACCCGCUUUGAGGGAUGCUGUUGACACGCGUAUCCUGGAUGGUACGCGCAACGGAUACCUCGGCUGCGGUGUGCGCCUGCGUAACAGGCAGAGUGGCUACUUCACCUUUCCUGCCGUUUGGCUAGCAAGGGCAAUUACCUGCGGGUGAAGGAAGGCAUACCAUUUGUACUUCUACCGAGAGUUGUUGGCAUUCAGGCAUAGCAUUCGCAGGCAGUUAGCAGGGCCAUAAUAUGUACAGUCCGACGUUUUAAUGCUCGACUAUUGCAUAUUGAAUGCACCCUAACUUUCAUGCCUGCCUCUUCCAGCGCAUUUCCUGCUCGGCUGAAAAAUCCGCGGCUCAUGGAAAGCGAACUGGCGGAGCGUUCCACAGACGACUGACAGCAUGAUUCGCGACCAGGCUACAGCUCAUGUGCCGUUGCCGGUGAGGUAACUCCAAACGUUGGGUAUCGCUCUUUGUGAAGGCUGUAACAUGGAAGGGGUGGAAAUAUUAGUACCAUCUGGACCUGCACUUCACUUGUUGUGUAACCUUUACCUGUUGUCCCACUCGAGCAUAGGAAUGGCCGUUUAUAUAGCCUGCACAUCCAGCUUGCAGAUGCAUUGUAGUACUGCUCUACAGAGUGACGGCGUCCAUGACGCAUGGCAGCUGACCGAACAAGCGCAGGACAGGAUGUGGCUGGUUGUUCCCUUGUGAUUGGGGCCGUGGCCUGCCCACUCGUAGACAGCCCAUGUAGGAUGCUUCAAGACUGUCAUGCAAUGCUUGCGGCGUAGUUGUGUAACGACAGUUGUGUUGCAGAAAGUGAGUUUUGUGAUCUCCUUACUACAAGUAAUGUAUCACUUCGCUAUCAAAGGCCAUGAGCCUGUUGUAAAGU